GGCUUUCUUAACUAAUACAGGAAGAACCCUCACAAAUAGCUUUUGGGCCUUCCAGUUCCUUACCUCCUUAUAAAUAUAGAGCCUUCAAAAACUCGUUUACCUAUUUUCAUUUGAAUUAAAACAAAACUAAAGUUAUUGCGUAACAAACUAUUUUCUAAUAGUUCAGCCAAAAACAUCGAAAUUCCGGGACGUGCUCCUAGCCAGCCGCGUGUUUCAUGUUGAAUUGAGCUUCGUUCGCUCGUUCGAUAAGUAGCUAUUUUUAUUUGUUUACGAGUUUUGAUGGUUGUAUUUUGUGACAAAAAGUUUCUUAUUUAAAAUCAGAGGAUCUGGUGUCACGCAAGUACCUUUCAUUUUACGAGUAGAUAAACGAAGAUAAUUGACAAAGAUUGAAAGAGAAUAUUGAGCGUUAGUAAACGUUGUUUUUGUAUGUUUGUACAGGGAUAACAUAAAAUGGCUAAAAAAUCGAGCCCACUAGUUCAAGAUUUAGUUUUUAUUUGUUAAAUUAGUUAUGAACGACGGAACCAUAAUUCUGCGUAGAGGAUUCCUAUUGUUUUGGUAAAAUACGAAUAAGAAAUGAAGAUUUUGUUAUUGUAUUUCAUUGCUCUCUUAGUUUUGUUUCAUUCAUUAAAUGUUUGGAAGUUCUUUGUCACGUGUGGCGUGCAUAACACAGAAACAAAGACAAGGCAUCAUGGUUGAUGGGUCAAAUGUCGUUGGCGUGGCUAAAAAUAAAGAUGAAAAGGCAUCACCGCAGCAAGAUGUACCAACCCAAAAGCCAAGGGAUUAUGAAAUACUGUACCGAUAUGUACUGUCAUUCAGCUAUCUUCAUUUAGCUGCCCUAUACGGUCUAUAUUUAUGUUUUACUUCAGCGAAGUGGGGUACAAUUUUGUUGGCUUUCAUACUGUGUGUUGCCGGUGAGAUCGGCGUUACGGCUGGCGCCCACAGGCUCUGGUCCCACAAAACUUAUAAGGCCAAUCGGGCUUUGGAAAUCCUCCUAAUCGUAAUGAACUCCGUGGCAUUCCAAAACUCAGCCGUGCAAUGGAUCAGAGACCACAGACUCCAUCACAAGUACAGCGACACAGAUGCUGACCCUCAUAACGCGAAAAGAGGUUUCUUCUUCUCUCAUAUUGGUUGGCUGAUGGUGAAGAAGCAUCCGGAAGUUUUAUCCAAGGGGAAGACCAUCGACAUGUUUGACAUUUACAGUAAUCCAGUUCUUAUGUUCCAAAAGAAAUAUGCUCUACCUAUGUUUGGUAGCUUAUGCUUCGGGCUUCCUACACUGAUUCCGAUGUAUUUCUGGGGAGAAUCACUUAACAACGCUUGGCAUCUUACAAUUCUUCGCUACACAGUUUGCCUUAACAUCACAUUUUUGGUCAACAGUGCUGCACAUUUCUUUGGACAAAAACCCUAUGACAACAAUAUAUUACCGCGCCAAAAUAUACUUGUAUCGAUAUUAGCCGUUGGGGAGGGUUUUCAUAAUUACCACCACGUUUUUCCUUGGGAUUACCGUACUGCAGAAUUAGGCAACAAUGCUUUGAACUUGACAACGAAAUUUAUAGAUUUUUUCGCUUGGCUGGGCUGGGCGUCUGAGAUGAAAACCGUGUCAACUAAAGCCGUAGACCUUAGAGUUAAAAGAACUGGUGAUGGUACCAAUUUGUGGGGGUGGGGCGAUGAACAUAUGACACAAGAAGAAAUUAAAGCAGUCGACCUUAUGUUUCCUAACAAGGGAGUGAUAGAGACAUGUAAAAAAAUAUUGUAAACCUAUAAGAAAUAAAGUUGAUAAAAUGUUGCAAGAGUUAAAUUGUUUAAAUUUUAUUACAAGUUUGAAAUAAUACGCUACAAUAGAAGGCGGAUUGAAGUAUUGAACACUGCUAAUAAAAACUUAAUGCAAUAAAUGUUUAUGUUUUAUUUGAUUCAAAAUUACCAGACUGAAGUUACGAAAAAGGACUAUAUACAUAUGCCGUGUUUUUUUAAAUCCGUUAAAUUCAAGUGUACCUACAUUCCUGACCUUAAAUUAAGAAAAUUUGUCUACGAGUAAGCCACCGGUGUUCUAAUUAACUCCAUUUUGAAAAUAAACAAACAUUUAUUUUGUAGAUAAGGUCCUUUCGAGCAUGUACACUUCCCUUAGGGCCUACUUACAUAUUAUUGAUUAGUAUUUAGUGUAGUACCUACAGGAUGGGCAAAUAAGAAUUAUAAAUGUUGUUUUUAAAUUUUAACUAUGUUAAGUUCAAAGAUUAUUCAGUAUUGUUUUAAAAAUAAAUUAUUCAGGGUUGGCAAAUACAUGCAGAACAUAAUGUCUGGCAUAUGUCCACCACUAACAGCAGGCAAAUUUGGGCCCUUAUCAUCGCAAUUUUCAGAAUAUUUUCGCACAUUUUCGGCGUUAUCUUAG